AAAAUCAUUUUCCAGAAGGCUCUUUGUGAGUGACGUUUGGUUCGAGGUUGAAUCUUUUAAUCUGAACGUGGGCCUAAUGUCGGGUGGUUAUGCGGCAAGUGUGCCUGCCACAAUGAAAGCUGCAGUGGUGGAAGAGUUUGGCAAACCGCUCGUGAUCAAAUCAGUUCCAGUUCCUGAACCAGGACACGGAGAAGUCUUGGUUAAAGUCAUUGUGUCAGGGGUUUGCCACACUGACUUGCAUGUCAGAGACGGUGAUUGGCAUGUGAAACCCAACCUGCCAAUCAUUCCUGGCCACGAAGGCGCUGGUGUUGUAGUCAAGCUGGGACCUGGUGUCAGCACAUUGAAGGUGGGUGACCGUGUUGGUCAUGCCUGGCUGCACGAUUCUUGUGGUGGCUGCGAUUAUUGUCUCGCAGGGUGGGAAACAGUUUGUGGAAAUCAGCACCAGACAGGAUUCUUUGCCAAUGGUUGCUUUGCUGAAUACACAAUUGCAGAGGCCAACUAUGUUGGCCGAAUUCCUGACAAUGUGAGUUUUUCCCAAUCAGCACCGAUUCUAUGCGCUGGUGUCACUACAUACAAGGCACUGAAGGAGACAGAGGCCAAACCCGGGCAAUGGGUGGCCAUCAUUGGCGCUUGUGGUGGCUUGGGGCAUGUUGGUUGCCAGUAUGCCAAAGCGAUGGGUCUCAAAGUCUGUGCUAUCGACUUUGGGCCUGACAAGAAGAGUUAUGCAAUGGAUACUCUGAAGUGCGAAGCAUAUGUGGACAUCAAAGAUAAAAAGGGAGAAGACAUUGUUGAGGCAGUGAAAGCUGCAUGUGAUGGUGUUGGAGCUCAUGGAUCCGUGAUUUUGGCACCCGUGCCAGCAGCAUUCCGCCAAGGAGUAGAUAUGCUCCGCCCCAUGGGAACUGCAGUUGGGAUAUCCCUUCCACCAGGCGACUUUCCUGUGGACAUUUUCUCGCUGAUCCUUCAUAGGAAAACGGUCCGUGGCUCCAUUGUCGGCACACGGAAGGACCUGAACGAAUGCCUGAGCAUUUGUGCUGAUGGAAAGAUUGUGUGCACCGUGGAAGAGCGCAAGCUUGAAGACAUCAACCAAAUCUUUGACGACAUGGUGCAUGGCAAGAUCAAGGGUCGCUGCGUGCUGCGCAUUGCUCCUGACCCAUAGUGUGUCCAUUUUGUCACUCCAUUCCAACUGCCGAGGCCCAGUCCCAGUCUUGGCAGAUCUUUUGUUGCCGGAGCUCAAGCAAUUAGACUUGAGGCACACAGUUUGUCCGGGCAAUCGUUUCAAGCGCGAA